AUGGAGAAGGGGAAUUCUUGGCGAUGGAGGGGCGCAAUGCAGGUGGGAAAGGACGUCGUCUCGUUAGGAGGCGUCAGCGAUCCCAAGCAGCUAGACUGUCGUCACCCUCAACUCCACCCGAGGCCUUUCUCUCUGGGGCGGUCAUUCGCCGGGGUAGACGGCUACGGAGGUGGUUAUCAUUCCCCGAGGACCCCCAGCGAGGACGGCGGAGAGACGGCUUUGCUGCUCCCCAAGAUCGCUGAUAACUCCGGCAGAAGCAGAGACCUACCGCCGUCGCCCUCCCCCAUGCGCAGCCCCGUGAGCUCCUUCCCCUUCUCCCCACCGUCGGAGAUGUACUACUCCCAGGGCGCCUCCGACUUCUACACACCCUCCGGUCUUCAGGUUGCCCUUCUUUCCUCGCUCCCUCCGACGCCAUUCUACGUCUGCUGGAUGAUUCGAAGAGGACUCUGGUUGAGCAAAGCUUCUUCCUGGUUCUUGAGUGUAGAAAAGAUAUGGGUUCAAGAAGAGGGAGUAGACUAGUUUUUUCUCUUCCUGAACACUUAUCGCCGCUUGAAGCGGUAGGGGCGCUGUUCUUACCGUCCUCCCGCCCCCGUUCUAUCUUGGCCGGAGGUUUGGAUCCCUUUGAUCAGUUGGGUUUUGCAGACGACGCCGCCUGAAGGAGGACGAUGGAGAAGGAACGAACCCAUCAUCCAGAGCUCGGAACUGGAGGGCCGUCAGCUGGAUCUGCAAGAGGAGUUCCCGUUGCUUAUGACGAGAUCAACCGGUGGCUCCUUCUCCCCUUCUGAUUCAAAGUUCUCUCUUUCCCCUCGAUCUUUCUCUAACCUCUGGAUUCACUAUGAGUCUCAAUUUGCUAGAAACCAAGAGCUCUGUCAAGACGAGCACCCGCCGCUGCUCCAUAACCGGGGGCACGUCGGCCAGCCUCUCGGGGCUGUACCCCUGCGACCCUACCGCCUCGUCCCACAGCGGCGCCCACGACUCUCAUUCGAAGGUGACGGCUGUCAUGCAGAGGCAAGAACGAGAAGACAGAGGCUCUAAGACCGGGCAUCAUCUGCAUCCUGGGUCUCAGCAUCUUCCUCAUCCAGCAGAUCGUCCUUCCUCAGGUCUCCCUUGGCAUAACCAUCAGGUUCGCCUACGAGAGCUUCCUUUGGGUUACCUUCCAUCACUGAUGUUUGAAUGUGGCCAGGGGAUCGCGCCAACGUCGGCGCCGGCAGCAGUGGAGACGAGAAUUCUGACAUGGAGAGCGCAAUUGACGAUCAUCUCCAGUGGGCAACUCGGAGGAGCAGAGGCCCCGUUUACUCUCCCGCCUCUGGAAACGAGAUGAACAAAAUCGAGGCCAGGCUCGAGCAAUGGACGGAAGCCAGAACGCUUCAGCUCUUGAGAAAGUGAGCGUCCUUCUCGAAUUUCUCAGAAAUCUCGGACCCCACACCGUGUCUGUAUAUUUUCCACGAUCCCCGCAGGCUGAAGAAGAAGGAAGACGAGAUCGUCGAGUGGGAGAACUUGGAGACGAUGAAGGCCAGGAUGCGGAUGAGAGAAUUCGAGGUACACCAUCCUCUUUGCAUUUCGGGGGUCUUCUUUCAUGGAAGGUGUGUAACAGAGAGCACCUCGCGGGCAGGUGAAACUGGAGGACAAGUGGGAUAAGGCAAUGGAGAAGAUGCAGAGGAGUAUAUUGAGCGCCCAGAAGAAGGCCGAGAAGAAAAAACUGAAGGAGAGGGCGUCUGCCGACAGGAAGGUGAUGGAGGUCGUUGGAGCUGUGGAGAAGCGUGGUGGAAGCACCGGGAAGCUGCCAUGCAAGCUCAUCUGUCUCUAG